UGUAGCCCAAAAUUACUAAUUACCCCUUUCACUCAAAUUUUUUUACAUUACCAAAAGGUCUUUCCUGUAAUUAACAAAUUCAAUAUUCAUCCAUGCCAUUUGGUAGCCUUCUAUUGGUCAAUGUCUUCAAUUUUUGUACUUUGCCAUUCUACUUUUCAGAACAUUUCGUUUCCCUCCAACAAAUAUAGUCUCUUUGUAAGCAACACAAGAACCAAUAGUCACUCUGCAAACAUCACCAACAUUUGUGCUCUCAUCUUUUCGCAACCGGAGAUAUCUACCACCGCCCAGAGAGCUUCCUGUACCAAACAUCACCCUCUUUCUCCAAACAUCAACAACACCAGGAACUAUGUCAAUGGCUCCCAUUCUCAUUAAGGAUCUGGUCGGGAAACCAAGUAAGGAAAAUGCUUAUUAGGGUUGUUGAUUUAUGGGUUAUUCUUGAGAAAAAUGGACAACAACCCCUUGAAAUGGUGUUGCAGGAUGGAAAGUUUCAGGUUUGGAACGGGUCUCGACUUCACAUUAACUUGGUGCAUCCACGGGUUGCUGAAUUCAAAACUAGUUUGGGAGAAAAUGCUUUAUCCAACAUACCUUCCCCUUCACAAUCAUUAACUCAAGAUUUAUCCAUUCAAUCUACUAACAAUUUCUAUACUAGCUUCGGUGAGAUCAAGAGUAUCUGUGUAAUCUCUGAAUUAGGAAAGGUUUCAGAGCCUCCAAGUUUGGAUGGUAUUUUGGGUUGUGCCCUGGCUGCAAAACUUCAAACAAAAAUCUCGGCGACAAAUUUAUCUGCAGGUCAUGGUACAAAGGCCAUCAUUUUGGGCAGCUCUAGAGUAUAUUGUCACUUCAACAUUAAUUGCUACCAACAUGAUCACACGAUAUAUAUUAGCAUGCUGCUUUUCGGUUGGUCGGAGGCUGAUAAUUGGUUGAUCAAAGAAACAAUGAUCCACUUGCUUUUAGGAGAUUCAAGUUGCUCUGAUAAUGAAGAAGGAGACAUGAAAUUAAUACAGAAGAUAACACUUAGAAUUGGGGGUGUCUCAACAAAUUGGAUGUUUUCAUGUUUAUAAUCACAUUUAAUUAAGAUAGAGUUUUGAAAAAUUAUAUACUUAAUGGUCUCUUGCUGAUAAUUUAGAAUUGUAUACAAUUUUGAUUGGUUGUUGAA